UGGCCUUAGUCACAUGCAGUCCUCGACUGCCUAUUUUUCAAUGUAGCCCCUAAGCAUAAUCACUGCCACACAUAACAAGAACCGCUUAAAGAACGGUCUAUCUGUACAAACAACAACCAUGUCACUUUAUAAAUAGUUUGAUUCGGUCGAUCAUUUGAUUGGUUGUGUUGCUUGUAAAUAAUAGAUGACACACCUGUUGCUUUUCGCUAUUUAAGUGGUUUUACAGGACYGMGAUUCAUUUAUAUCUCAUUACUUGCUCAGUUUCACGCGUUUUGACKUAUAGUUUCACGCGGUAACAACAUGAAGUUCACGAUUUUUCUCGUAAUCACGUUAGUUUUCUUMAACGUUGAAGCCCACAAGAAGAAAAAGACYAAACAUGUAACUUCGACCAAAAAGCAGCAAGUCGCAGGGCCAUUUCGGUUGCCUGUMUUUGCCAUUCGAAUGCCAAUUUUUGGCGCUCAGGARCUCGUGCGACCUUCUUCAAUGCUAUUCAACGACGGYCCUGCCGYACAACCAAAUAACGAGAAUCUAAAGACCGUAACGAAGACUUCAAAGUCUGAAAACGGUCCUUAUAAGACAUACACAGUAGURACAGAGACCAAAUCMGCCAAUAAAUCAAAUCCAAAUGUAUACAGGAAGAUAAUCAAGACKAUCACUACAAUGAACCGUAACAACACAUCACAGAGCACCAAUAAUGGUGCAAGUAUCAAGCUUCCAGCUCUUAACUUCAUAAGAAUGAGGUUCACUAACCCUUUUUAUAAGCUYUUGCCCAACCUUGGUAUUGGAGGCGAUGACAAGAAGCCCGAGCAAAAUGAUGAAGUGGCUGAGAAGGAUUGUUCUGAUGCAAAGCCUUGCACKGSAAGCAACGAAUAUUGCGAUAAAUUCUUUGGUGUAUGCAAAGAUAAAGUUCUACCUUAYGGAGCAUGCUCACAGAAAGAUCAAUGUUCUGUUACAAAGGGAGCCUAUCAAUGUACUUGGGGACGAUGYGUCAAGGGUCUUGCUGGAGAAGCAGGCACAUUUUGCGACAAAGAGAACGAUUGUCACAAUAGCAAAGAAGAGUUGGGUUGCUUUACACAGAAUGAUAUCAGUCGUUAUUCCAAAGUGUGUGUACCUAAGCUAGGAGAAGGAUCUACUUGUGGACGGUCAGCAGGUAUCUUUGAUAUGUUUGAAUCUGAAGACGAUGACCAGCGCUGYCAAGGAAACCUUGUUUGCCGUGCCGUAGGGUUCUUUGGGCGCAAAGCGUGCAUCAGGGAUGUCUCAAGAGACCAACAAGACUAUAUGGCUUCAAUCAAAAAAGGCAAAGGAAAACAUAAAAAACAUAAAAAGCACUAAAACCAUUGAAAUUCUAUCAACUCCAAAGAACGUCCUUCGAAAAGGUUUUUCCUCUAGGUAAACAUCAUGCAUCUUGGUCUUACUAUACAGUAUUCUGUAAGUUGGAAACCUUUUCGACAUUGGUGAAUCUUCAAAAUAUUACAUGACUUUGUUAGUUAAGCAAAGAUGGACAGACAGAAUGCAAAGCUAUUUCUGAUCAGCCAGAAAUCCAUGCAGCACGGAUCAUUAGGACUGGUCGCCAGUCGUUCCUGCACGUUAAUAAGGAACUUUUGUUAUUGAUUUAUGAUAAAUAAAAGCGCAAAACCAUA